AUGAAGCUUUCUGAAGCGAGGAUCGACAUAUUUUAUAUUGAAGAAAGUUUCAAUAUCCGUCGGAUAGUUAUCAUGGGAACUCCAGAUGCUAUUCAUCGUGCUGGAGAAGGGUUUUCGUGUAAUAUAGCUCACUUUUAUAUCGCUGUGACCGUGAAUAUUAAAACCAUGACAACUUUAAUCACGUCGACAUCCCCAAAUCCAGCAAUUACCAAUUCACAAGGAGUGUUUGAUCAAUUAGUUCCAGCAUUGGUUCAGUGUUUUGGGGUGAUUAUUUUAGGGUAUCUUGCUGGCCGCUGGAAAAUCUUCCCUGAAUCUCAAGCCAAGGGCCUCGGUUCGUACGUUACCAAAUUUGCUUUACCCUCAGUGUUUUUUCGAGCUAUGGUGACAAUAGAUUUCGCUGGAAUUUGUUGGCUAUUCGUCUUGGCAGUAUCUGUUAGCAAACUGAUUGCCUUUUUAAUGGCAAUGACAUUCACUUUUCUGAUUAGUCGACGUUGUCAUCUAGGCAUAGCUGCAAUCGUUGCAAUGUUUGUAUCACAGUCAAAUGAUGUGGCACUAGCUUAUCCUAUACUAAAUGCUCUUUUUCCAGAUUUAGCCAAUUAUGUAUAUUUAUUUGCACCUGUUCAAUUGAUUGUUCUUAAUCCAUUCGCUUAUUUCCUUUUGGAAUUGGAACGAGUUAAAUCAAACACUGGAGAGUUGAAACCAUUAAUGAAUAAUAGAAUGGAGAUAAUGAAUAGUCAAGAAAAUGCUAAUUCAUUGAUUUCAAACGGAAACCGAUUCCGUCAAUUUAUGCAGGUUCUCUUCAAUGUGCUGAAGAACCCAUUACUCUUUAUGACUGUAAUUGGUGUCAUCUUUAAUUUCAUUCUGAAUCAUCACUUACCUAUCUAUGUGGAUGGUUUGCUCAAGGUUAUUGCUGAUUCUUUUUGUGCCACUGCUUUAUUCUCACUUGGAUAUGGUAUGGUUGGAAAGAUGGCCACUGUUACACAAAGAGAAGGUUACAUUUUAUCGAUUAUCCUGUUGACAAAACUUUUAAUUGUACCAUUUAUUACUCGUGAACUUGUUGUUCGUAUGAUGCCUGUUUCACUGUCCAAUGAAACUUUACGUUAUUCCACUUUUGGUUUCUUGUAUGGUACAACGCCAACAGCUCCACCUGUCUAUUUAUUCGCCGCUGAAUAUCAAGUUAUUCCUGUGGCUAUUGGUAUUGGUCUUGUCUUGGGAACAUUUCUUUCUGCACCUAUAAUGUUCCUUUUUGCUCGUAUUAUUAUGCUGUAUACUGCUACACCGUCAGAUUAUGUGAAUAUCCUUAGCAAGACAGUUGAAGAUGUUUCUUGGAUAAGUAUUGUGUGUUGUAUCUGGACAUUAGGAGUAAUUUGUUUCAGCAGAAAGCUACUCGAGUUCCUUAUCGAUUCACACUCUGUUAUAUAA